AUGAGAACAGUAGCGAUUGUCUGCCUUCUGGCAGCACUUGCUAAUGCAGAUCUUUUCACUGCCAUAGCCGAUUUACAGCACAUGUUGGGAGCAGAAAAAGAUGUGACGACAGUUAUAGAUCAAUAUAUUGCUGCAGAGAGGGCAAGAUUAGAUGAUCUCAGAAGAUAUGCGCAUGAAUACGUUCAUCGCAAUGCUCAUGCAGAAGCUGUCGGUCCAGAAUUCGUAACAAAUCCAAUCAACGCCUACUUGUUGAUCAAACGAUUGACAAGUGAAUGGAAAAAAGUGGAGAAUAUAAUGUUGAACAAUAAAGCAACUACUUUCCUCAAGAAUAUCACUGAUAAUAGAGUCAGAAGUGAAGUCAAAUUCCCAGGAGAAGAAGAUUUGAGCGGAGCUGCUAUUGCUCUGUUGAGACUUCAGGAUACCUAUAAACUUGAUACUCUUGACUUGUCAAAUGGAAUUAUUGGAGGAGAAAAGGUCUCGAACAAGCUGUCUGGACAUGAUACUUUUGAAGUUGGAAGAGCUGCUUAUAAUCAGAAGGAUUAUUAUCAUUGCUUGAUGUGGAUGCAAGUUGCUUUGAACAAAAUCGAGAACGAGAGUCCACCAAGUGUCGAAGAAUCUGAAAUCCUUGAAUAUCUGGCCUACUCCCUUUAUCAACAAGGAAACGUUCGUCGUGCUCUUUCCCUUACCAAACGUCUUGCCAAGAUUGCUCCAAACCAUCCAAGAGCCAAAGGAAAUGUGAAGUGGUAUGAGGAUAUGCUCCAAGGAAAGGAUAUGGUUGGAGACUUGCCACCAAUUGUCAAUAAGAGAGUUGAAUUCGAUGGAAUCGUUGAAAGAGACGCUUAUGAGGCCCUUUGUCGUGGAGAGAUUCCACCAGUUGAAGAAAAAUGGAAGAGCAAAUUGAGAUGUUAUUUGAAGAGAGACAAGCCAUUCCUGAAGAUUGCUCCAAUCAAAGUCGAAAUUUUGAGAUUCGAUCCACUGGCUGUUCUUUUUAAGAAUGUUAUUUCUGACUCUGAAAUUGAGGUCAUCAAGGAGUUGGCUUCUCCAAAACUGAAGAGAGCAACUGUCCAAAACUCGAAGACUGGCGAACUGGAACAUGCCACCUAUCGUAUCUCCAAAAGUGCAUGGUUGAAGGGAGAUUUGGAUCCAGUUAUUGAUAGAGUCAACAGAAGAAUUGAAGAUUUCACUGGAUUGAAUCAAGCCACUUCAGAAGAACUUCAGGUAGCCAAUUACGGACUCGGAGGUCAUUAUGACCCACACUUUGAUUUUGCCAGGAAAGAAGAGAAGAACGCAUUCAAGACACUCAAUACUGGAAACCGAAUCGCGACGGUCUUAUUCUAUAUGAGUCAACCGGAACGUGGAGGAGCUACCGUAUUCAAUCACCUCGGAACCGCCGUCUUCCCAUCUAAAAAUGAUGCUCUCUUCUGGUACAAUUUGAGAAGAGAUGGAGAAGGAGAUCUUCGUACUCGACAUGCAGCUUGUCCAGUUCUUCUUGGAGUCAAAUGGGUUUCCAACAAAUGGAUUCAUGAGAGAGGACAAGAAUUCACAAGACCAUGUGGAUUAGAAGAAGGUGUUCAGGAGAACUUUAUUGGGGAUUUGUCUCCAUACGCCAACGAUCCAUAG